AAUCCAACAAAGCAAGGAACAUCAUAUACCAAUAAAAGAAAAAAGAUGCAACGGCAAACAAGCAAUGGUAGAAAGCAGCUGCAGAGAAGCAGAGACGCACAAUAUGAAGAAGACCCAGACAAUAAACAAACACCAUGCACCGUUUUUAGGAAUUUCCAACAAGAUUCAUUUGUGGAGGAAGUGAAGCAUACUUGUUAUGUUGUAGAUUGGGGGACUUAG